AUGUAAAUAUUAUUUUGAGAAUAAAAACAUGUCUAUGGAAUAUUUUAAUAUAUUUUCAAUAUUUUCAAGAAUUAUGAGAAAGACAAGUGGUAGAGAUUGUAUUAAGUAUUAACUGAAGUUCUAGAAUAAGCUCUUCUGAAACCUCAAAUCCUAUCGUCAAGGUCAAAAUGUCAUCUUCCCUAGUUCGAAGCCACCUCCGCCGCCUCUGUACCGCCGCCGCCGCCGCCGCCACCACCAAACUUGCCGGGAAGCUGUCCAUCUCCAAAACAAAAAACAAGCUUAAACACGAACAUGAUCCGGACGUGGCAGUGCAGAUAUACAAAUCAUUCACUUCUUCAAAUAACCUUUCCACUUCACACGCCUCCCUCCGAUACGCUCAAGAAUCCACCGUCCGCCGCCUCGCGAAGUUCCACCGGUUUUCCGACAUCGAGUGUUUCCUCGAAUCGCACAAAUCCGAUCCCCAGAUCAAACAGGAACCAUUCCUCUCCUCCCUCAUCCGGUGCUAUGGCCUUGCGGGUAUGCUCACGAAUGCACACAAACUGUUCGAUGAAAUGUCUGAGCUGGGCACUCCACGCACUUCCCUCUCUUUCAAUGCCCUGCUCAAUGCUUGUAUAUCUUCCAAGCUAUCGGAACGUGUCCCGGAGUACUUCAAGGAGAUCCAAGCGAAAUACGGAGUUUCUCCUGAUAAAUUUUCGUAUGGGAUAUUGAUCAAGGCUUAUUGCGAGAUGGGGUCGCUAGAAAUGGCUGUGGAAAAGUUAAGGGAGAUGGAGGAGAAAGGCAUUGAUGUUACACCAAUCGCUUGUACCACGAUUUUACACGGGCUGUACAAGAAACAGAGGAACGAUGAGGCAGAGAAGUUCUGGAAUGAGGUGAUGAAGAAAAAUGGAAGCUUUGCUGAUGUUGGGGCGUAUAACGUGAGGCUAAUGCACAUUCAUGAAGGAGACAUGGAGAUGGUUGAGGCAUUGAUUGAAGAAAUGCUUGACGCCGGUGUCAAACCAGAUGCUAUUAGUUACAACUACUUGAUCUCUUGCUACUGUAAGAAAGGGAUGAUGGACGAGGCAAAGAAGGUGUACGAUGCAUUGGGGUCUAAACGAUGUACUCCAAACACAGCUAUUUUCAAGACUUUAUUGUUUUACUUGUGCAAACAAGGGCGGUAUGCGACAGGAUAUAAAGUGUUUAAGACCAGUGUAAAGUUGCACAAGAUCCCGGACAUUGAUACGCUGAAGUGUUUGGUGGAAGGGCUGGCAAAGGAUGGUCGCAAAGUUGAGGUGAAAGCAAUGACCAGAACAUUGAAUAAGAAGUUGUCUCCUUCUCUUUUGAAGGAUUGGGGGAAGUUCGUUGAGGAUCUUGGCUUUGCACCUAUGAAACCCAAGGAGUUUGAUUCUGGCGCCAAAGAAGCGGCCGCUAGGCCCUGAGCAUAAUUUGGGAGAAUACAAGGAUAUAGGGCUUGUUUGGGAAUAGCGUUAGAGAUUGGCGUUAGCGUUUUGGAUAAAAUUUUAACGGUGCAGAUUACUUUGAAAACGCUGACGCUAAACGCUGCUCGUAGAUAGUUUUUUCAAAGUGCUAACGCUAAUCUCUAACACUAUUUCCAAACAACCCUAUAAACCACAUGGCCAUCGACCUGUUCGAAAAGCUCAAAGCUUCAGCAUCUCAAAGAAUCAGGUUUUGCACACGACAAUGACUAGUGGU